GCAAAUUUAUUAGUCAGAAAAAAAUAUGAAUAUAGUAUUUAAAUUUAGGAAUGAAUACACAAAAACAGAACUUAAUUAAUAGGGUAACACCGGAAAACAAGUAUAAAAAAUCGUAUUCUACGAAUUGGCAAUUUUUUAAUACAAAUGAUCAAUCACCAGAGACAGAAUUAAUUAAUGAAUCGAUGUCUCAUAGAAUGUCAAUUACACCGCAUAAAGAAUUAAGUCAUUAUGCGGGGCCAACGUUUCAUCAUUCACCGGCGGCUUCUAAUCUUCCUAUUCCAUCAUUUUUUUCUAAAAUUACAUAUAACACGCCGCAUUUACAACCUUUGCAUUUCCAGCAAUCAUCUCAACAUAUACAAACGUCGAUUUCGAGUCCAUCUACGUCUCAAAUUCAUUCAUCUAAACAACUAGAAGAAACAUCAGAAAUAUCUUUAUACGAACCAUCUAUAUCAUUAUCACAUGAAGUUCAUUCUUCAUCACCGAAAAAGUUAUUUAAAGUUGACAUGAAUGAAAAGAAGGAAAGACAAGCAUUACGAAAGCAAGAAACAAAUGCAUCAUUAGAAUUUAAUGAUACAUUUUACUCAAAAACGUAUUCAUCAAUAAAAAAAAUAGGAAAAAAAAAAGAAGUCAAGGAAAAUACUCUUUUAUCAGUAUAUUCGGAUUUUCAUAAUACGCAGAGAAAUCAAAAAGAUAAUCAUCAUCAAAAAACAACUUUUUAUAAGAAGAAUAAAAUGCAACUCCGAAAGAAUAUGUACAUUGAUAACUAUAACACUAACGCAGAAGAUAUGAAACAAAAAUUGUUAAGUCUACUUUUACCAUCUAAACCAAAUAAGUCAUCAGCAAAUACUUAAAAAUAAGGGGAAAAAUACAGUUAAUCAAUUAUAAAUCUUUCGAG